AUGACAGGAGGUGGAGGUGAAGCAGCUGGGAAUACCUCCACCACCUUCAUCCAUAGGUUUGCCAUGUUCAUGGCAGGAUUCUCGCUUCUACAGACUCUACGUGUUGCCAUUACGGCGGGAAGGUUUGCAGUGGUUAGGUUUGGCAUUCCUAGUGGACAAAUUGGCAUCUUCAUCAAUUCCAUUCACCAUUCCAUGGAGACAGCUGGAGAUGUUGGUCUCUUCCUAAUGUCGUUGUAUGUCCUGUUUAGUAAGCGUAACAAGACUGUUGACUACAUUGUAUCAGUUGUUGCCAUUUGGGGUCUUUUUGUGAUGAACCUAUUGUUGAUAGUGGCAUAUUCAGUUGGAGGUGAACGUGGAUGUCUUACCUUUUACUACUGGGUUCUCGUUAUUGCUUCAUUAGGGUUUGGUUUGGAUGAAUCUAUAUCCAUUACCAUUGGAGUUGCCGAUGUUGCUUACUUUGGUCUUGGUAUGCCCCUCUCUGGUAUCAUGGCCUGUCUAUACCAUGCCGUCUAUCUCUACUUUGCCGAGAAGUUCCAGUGGUCUGACACAUACUUUUGGAUAGUGAUUGGACAAAUUGUGAUAUCAGCACUGGUUUCCGGUGUGGCAGCCGUUGUAUGGACCAUUGCAUAUUGGGAUCCAGGGGGUGACAAGACUCCAGAAGUCCAAGGGGGUUCAGGGACUCCAGGAGGAGCUAACAAUAAUCACAGUGAGCCAUUAUGGAAGAGAGCUGGAAAUGCUAUAUCCAAUAUGCUAAUGUGUCUCUGCGGAAUGAGUUGUAUUUAUGCCUUCUAUCCAGCCAUAGCGCCGUAUCAAUUUGUGAGUCCAGAGGCUGGUCAUUUGAUAGAUUUAGCCUUGCUGUUCACAAGUGCCAUUCCUUCUCUUGUUAUUGCAGCUGUAUGUUCAUGGACUGAUAAGGGUCCGGACAGACCAUGGACUAAUGAUGGUAAAGGUAAUUUUGCAUGGUGGCACGCAACAUGGCUGUUUAUGAUUCCCUAUGUAACGGCAAUGGUCUUGUGUAUCUUUGCUAUACACUACCCAAAUUGGAGAAGUUCCAGGGCGAUUUAUGGCAAUAUAUGGACCACAGGGAUUAUCACAGUUACUCUGAAAUGCUGUGAGGAGACUCUAAAGGGUGUAGCCAACAGCGGUGUUGGAAUGCAGGGUGAGUGUAAAGAUGGCCAACUGUCAGCUCUGAAUGCUCUUACAGCCCAGUUUACCAUGGACAUUGUUGCAUACAUUGGCGGUGGUUAUGUCAAGGCUAUUACAAAAUACGAUAGAGACAACUGGCCAACUAAACACUAUGGAUCCUGGAGGUCACUAGGAUUUUGGGUUGGCAGUGCUCUUUCUGGUGGAUUAAAAUGUGUCCGUGAAUCCUUUACUACGGACAUUAGAGCAAAUCUGAUAACUGGGAAUGAGGUCUUGUUUAUUGUCUAUGCUGAUGAGUAA